GUGGUCAUGGUCCAUUCACGCCGGGGUAUAAGUACGCAGGCUGUAUGCCCUGCAGUGCUUGGACUUAUCUCCACGCACUGCUUGCCUUGCUGAAAUAUGGCUCCGCUAGUAUUGGCCAACGACGACUAUCUGGGAACUCGUAACAAGCGUCUCGACUCCGAUAUAGAAACUAGAAACACCACGGGGGCCGGCGCCAUCGUCGUAUCUGGAUGUCGUCGACACCUUCGCGGGCGUAGAGGAGGGCUGAAAGACCUGCCUCAUAUGCCCCUCGAUGUCAUCUUCGAGGUACUGUCUCACGUCACCACGAAGGAUCUACUGGCCCUUUCGCGAUCCACGAAAGACUUCCGAAGACUCCUGCUGGACCGCCAGUCGACGCGCAUCUGGAGACAGUCUAGGAAGCAGCUCGAAGGGCUGCCAGAACCGCCAUCUUAUUUGAACGAACCUGCGUACGCGAACCUGCUGUUCUCCCCGCAUUGUCAUAACUGCUUGAAAGUGAACAUCAACACUGUCCUCUGGUUAUUUUCGGCGAGGUACUGUAAUCCAUGCAAGAGGAUUUUGUUCUCUGCAGACCGCAACGAUGUUGAGACCUUGCUCCGAGAGGUGAUGGGCGAAGCUCGUGGUGGAGAGAGCGCUCUUAGAUACAUCCGGCGACAUCAGGGCAAAUAUCACACGGAAGAAGUAGCUACCAUUCGGAACGAAUGGGUCCGGCUCAAGACUGAUGAAGAGAAGGAGGCAUACAAGGACAGGCGGAAGGCGUUUGUGGAGGAGUGCGAGAAGUACGCCUCGCUUCUCCCGCACUGGAGGUACUCUUAUAAUGAAAGGCUGUUCCGGGACAAACUGGACCUCAGGGCAGCGCGCUUCGAAGCGAUUAAAGACAGACUUCGCGAAGAGGGUUGGGCAGAUGUGAUAGAUCACUUGCACUUCAACGACGACUGGCGGUUAUCCAACCUCAAAGAAGUCAGUCGCACUACCAAGUUGACCGACAAUGGAUGGAAACACAUUCGACAGUCGAUCGUGGAUUUUGUCGCACCCCUUCGGCUGGUAUACGUUCGGAAUCGGCUUACGCGUGUCUGCGAAGCUCGGCUCGCGUCCAUCCGGAUGACCGAGGAGAAGCUCGUGAGCAUGUACAGGACAAGACUCCGAUACCUUCGGGAGCUAUUGGACAGCUGCCAGCUGGCGGAAGACCGCCGUACCGCCGAGUCAGACCUGAAGCCAGGCUUUGCCGAGUUCGCCGACAUCCCCGAGAUCAAGAGCCUUGUCCGAAACGAGAUGGACGACAUCACUCCAAAUGACUUUCUCGCUCUGCAGGGUCGGCUGGCCGAUCUGAUCGUCUCGUGGACAGACCACUGGCAAGCUGUUUUCAUCCAGAAGGCACUUGCGGCGGGAGAAUUGGACGAUAUCAUAACUCCAACGACAAGCCUCCUCGACCUUGCGAUCGUUUCAUUUGUCUGCCAGUCAUGCCGACAGACUCAGCUUCGCUGGCCGUAUGUACUCGCUCAUCGGUGCUUCCGGCAGAUACCUACGGUGUUUUCGGUAGGCAGGAGGAAGACGCACGGCACGUAUAGCCGCGCCGUGUGGGGGCUUGUGCGUUACAAUAACGACGCACCAUUCGAAGGAGGGCAGCAUGCAAUCUUCAGCCGGCAUGUCGCUAUCACUCGUGCGGUCAUCGCUGCCUGCGGUCUAGAUGCGAGCACAGCGACAUACGGAGAGAUGGAGAACUGCGGGGCACGACUCGUGUGCUCGUUUUGUUCGAUCCAUGACCGGCUAGCAGAAGGGAAAUACGGCGUAUUUGCAUGGCAGGCAGCGAUCUAUCAUUCGAUCAGCUCGCACCCCAACUGCCACUCAGGAUCCGUCGAUGACUGGGAACGCAUCUCAGAUAGCGACGCAACGAGGGUUAAGGAACGUGAAAUCUCACGAGCACUGAACACCAUUUCCUCCUUGGGAGACUCCGACGUCGUUCUCGGUUGUACGCAAUGCAACUAUCACGGAAGUCUUGCCGAAGUUCAGGAACAUGUGCUCUUUGACCACUGGCUCUGGCUGAACAAGCCACUGGUCUCGGAUGAGCUGGUGCUCAAUGAAGAUGAUGUUUACGUUCAUCAAGACUCAGCGCACAUCAUGGAAUUGACCCGCUUCGUCCAAUUAGAGAUAUCUGAGGAAUGCUCCUGAGUUGAGGGCCUUCAUGGCGUCUGCACUAGGACAUUGCAUUCAUGCUAUGUACUAUCUUCUCAUUCUGUCGGUUCACAGCAUCCGCAUUCGUAAAAGCUCCCAUCCAUGCUGCUCCAUCUGGACAGAUCUGGACCCUUGGAAGGGUUCCAUGUCUCAUCUGAUACAGCAUAUUAGCACCGGGUGCGCGCUCCUUCUGAGAAUGGAAGGAUGUGUGGUUCGUGCGUCUCUGGCGGCGUGCGUGUUCUUGCGACACGUUACGGUGGAAGGAAUGAGUGCUACCACUGACACGUGUGCAGCGCGAGUCUCUUGACCACCACGCCCUCUCAUCCAUGUCGGCCCAUGUUGCGAGCAUUGACCUCCAGGUCGCCAAAAACCUUACUCCUCAGCCAACCUUCGACAUGUCCGUAGGCAGAGCAGACUCAUCUGAUGCAACUGGUUUGAUCAGCCUUCCUGGAAUUCGACGCCACCUCCGCGGCCGUAGAGGAGGGCUGAAAGACAUGCCUGCGAUGCCUCUCGAUAUAUUAUUUGAGAUCUUUGGAGUCAUGUACCCCCGCGAUCUGCUGAACCUUGCACGGACGACCAGGAGCUUCAGGACACUUCUCAUGAGCAGGAGGUCUACGAGCUUCUGGACGGAAGCCCGCGAGCAGAUCGAAGGGUUGCCCAAACCACCGUACUACUUGAGCGAACCUGCGUACGCGAAUCUGCUGUUUUUUCCGCAUUGCCAUAAUUGUCUCAAGUCCAACAUCCAUACCGUCAUCUGGGUCUUUUCGGCGAGAUACUGCAGAAGUUGUCAGAAGGAUUUGUUGACCACGAACCAUAAAGACAUGGAUGACGUCCUGUGGAAGAUCGCAGAUGGCAAUCCCUCCGAAUGGAAUGAUCUCAGAUACAGGUCUCAGAUCUUCAGACGAUAUAACGGGAAGAUAUUCAAGCCAGAAGUGGAAAUGAUUCACACCCAAUGGGCUGCACGAGACGGCGAUGAAAAGGACGCUUAUUUGAACGAGCGGAAAGCUUUCGUUGUAGUGUGCCGAGAGUACGCACAACUGCUCUCUGAGUGGAAGGAGGAAUACCAGACGAUAAAAUCCGCUGAACUGGAUAGCCUGAGGUUGGAGCGUCUGAGCUCGGUGAAAGUAAGACUUCGCGAGGAAGGAUGGGGGCACGCACUGGAUGACAUCAAUACAUAUACCCUCGACCGUAGAUUGCUGACCGUCAAGGCCCUAAAUCGAGCUAGCAAGCUGACUGAUCAAGCAUGGAAAAUUAUGCGCACAUCACUGAUAGGAAUCAUGACGACGUUCAACGAGGAGCGGCUCGAUCGCAAGUAUAACGCUAGACUGAAAUAUCUCAAGGAAGCUAUUCAGACCUAUCGAGCCUCGCAUUUUCCACGACGCACUGCCGAAUCAGACCGUGAACCCGGUUUUGCAGAGUUUGCCCAUCUGCCUGACUUCCGGGACUUGAUCAUGCAGGAGGAGCCCGAUGACAUCGUCCAGGCAUCUCUUCUCUCUCUCAUAGACGACAUUCCCAACUACACUGCUGCAUGGGUGUAUCGUAACGAAGAAGUGUUUGUCCAGAAGGCAUUGACACAGCUCGGCAACGACUUCGAGGUCCUAUCGACGUACCCCCCUGCUUUCCUCAGGCUUGCGAUCGUAUCCUUCACUUGCACUCAGUGUCGCCGCCCCCGUCUCAGGUGGCCAGGCAUACUCGCACAUCACUGCCUUCGACAAAGCUCUGUUCCCGACCAUACGGUUAGCAGCGCAAUCAAGAACUACGAAGUCGCCAUCCUCCGCCAUACCAACAACGACUAUGACGCCCCUUUCCAAGGUGAAGAGCUGACAGUCUUCGACCAAAACGUCAACAUCACAAGAGCAGUCAUCUGCGCGUGCGGCUUCGACCCCACAACGGCUACGUACGACGAGCUGGAAGGGUGCGGGGCUCGCUUCGCUCCCUUGGGCGCAGAUAUGAGCAGGAAGCCAGUUUAUGAUUGGCAAGGAGUAAUCCGGUAUCUGAUUGACCACCAGGGAAUUGAAGUCGAAGAAGAGGGCGACAUUAUACUCUCCGAUUACUUCGAACGAGUCUCGGAUGCCGACGCUGCGAUCGCCAUACAACACGAGCAUUGGUUUGAGUCGAUGACUGCGAACACCGAGCAUGCCUUAUCGCUCAACGACAUGAAGGUCUUCGGGUGUACCCUUUGCCCUGCCUGGGGAUACCAUCCUGCUAUGCAGACUCACUUGCGAGAUAAACAUAACCCCUGGGGCAGUCUUCCCUUGCGCAUGGAGUCGCUUGUAUAUUUGCACGAGGAUUCUAAGCCUCAGGGUGCACCGAUGGUCUUCCUCAACUUCGGAUUGCCGGAGCUUGAAGAGUGAGAUUGGGUGUCCGUAGGAGACUGUCCAGGCUAGUGAAUUGCUGGUUAAUCCCUCUUUCAUAUCAGCGUUGCUCUAUAUGCUUCCUUAUUUAGCUAGUGACACAUCACUACAUGCAUAAGAGACAGA